CUAAAUGGAUUCUAUGUCUGCAGAGACGUAUUUUAGUAUUUUCCGUGUAGAAAUCUAGGAAUAUGCUUUAUAAUUUAUUGUUCAUAAACACAUACAAGUCAUAAGUACUAAGAUUUUAUAUUAACUUAAGCAGUAUAUUUUUUGUUACACCGUUUUGACUAAACGUCACGAUGUCUAGCGCAACGUUUCGUCACGUCAACGGGAUGUCGGUAAAGUUUGAACUGCUGCGGGAGAUGAAACACUGGCGGAAGUCAUGUGAUCGGAGUCUAAGUGACGUCGUAAAAGGCUUAUCAACGUUACGUGAAGCACGUGUACGCGUGAAGCGCGAGAUCCACUGCGCUCGUGCUCUUUUUGAAGAGCGUCUGAGAGAAAUGGAGCAAUUGGCAGAGAAAAGAUUGCAGGCACUUGUUGGACUUGAGGAAGACACUCUAAAUAAGUUCGCCAAGAAACUUACUGAUAAUCAAAAGAAACUUCAAAGGACAGAAUCAUUGCUGAAGGAAAACCUUGUAGGGUUCAAACUAAAACGUACAAUAGACGAGGGCAAGCAGCAGUCACUGCGCAUGCGCAAUGCCCUCCUAGAGAUCCGGAAGUAUGACAUGCCGCUGGGUCUGGAGUUCCAGGUCAGUGACCAGCUUGACACAGUAAUAGAGUCAGCUGCCCCCCUGGGAGACUGCAGUUUAAAAUUGUCCUCACGCCAAAACUCACGAAAUCCGAGAACAGGCUCGUGUUUCCUCACAACCGAGAGUAUAAGCGGUGUUGAUGAUUAUGAAACAAAAUCAACCUUAACAAAUGGCACUGACAAUCCAUCCGAACCGUUCGAUGAAAGUGAUAUUGUUGGAGACUUGGAGGCGCUGUUUGCUCUUGAAGGAAAGUAUGAACAUUCCUUGAAACCGUUUCUGGAUAGUGUAAAAGAUCUAUCUCUGAAAUACAACAUCGAAAAGGUAGAGAAGGCCAAUGAAAAGCGAACGAAAUUAAAGAAUUCAAACAGAACAAUUACAAUGAAUGCAGUGCAAAUAAAGCAAAGCGAAAUGCGACCCAAAAGUGCAAUUAAGCCACACUCAAGCAUGAAAAAGAUCACAACCCGUCUGUCCAAGUCCGCACAGGAAGAGGGUCGAACCAAGGCCACGAUCCAAAGAAACAAUAACACGUGCUUGAAUGACAUUACGCGGUUCGUUCCGUUUGAGGAGCAGGGGCCGGAGGGAGACUUAACCCGGAAAGUUAGGAACCCUGUUGUUCGUUACCAUGACUUCGACUUCGUCAAAGAAAUAACGUCUGUAUCUGAUCAGAACGCGAUCAUUGAUGGCGACGUUAUUUUGCAGAAUGGCUCGGCACAAGGUUGUUCUUUCGUUCCUCAACCGAAGCCAAGACUGCGUAGCGCCAGUUCGCAGGGGUCCACAGGGACGUCAUUGAGUUCCGUCAGCUACAAGCCCUCCAACUCCCUUGCCAGUCGUCCAGUAUACGUUAGUGCCUCAGACCUGGACAAAUCCAGCUCCUACUUUAACUACAUAGCCCGUUUUCAUACAAAGAAACAUCCGCUCGAGACUGACCUCUGUCGCUUGUCCGGGAUCGCCUGUCUGGACAACGGUCAAGUGGUUGUCACUGACAUCAACCAUCUCCAGAUCAUGCUGUUCGGCCCAGACUAUCACUAUCUGGAUGCCCUUGAAUGUCCAUCGCCAAGUGGAGUAACUGUCUGUGAUGAUAACACUGUUGCUGUCGCGUUGUUUCAUAAUAGGAAAAUAAUGUUGGUUAAGGUACAUACUAUUCAUUUGGAGAGAUUAAAAGAAUUUCAUAUAAAUUGUAUAGAGACGUUGUAUGACGUCGUUCACCGCGCGGGUUCCUUCUACGUGUUGUGCGCAUUAGGUGAUGUGCACGUGCUGGACGGCGACGGUAAGCAGACGGCAGUCACUUCCACGCGCAUAGGCGGAGGAGAAGCGAGAUAUAUUGAAGUGGAACCUGAACAAAAAAGAAUAUUUAUUUCCGGGAACGGCAUGGUCGUUUGCUUUGACGAAGAAGGCACACGUCUCUGGCAAUUCGCCAGUCCUUCCGUUCAUAGACGCUUCACCCCCGUCGGUCUUGUCCUGUUUAAUCAACGUCUCUUUGUGACUGACUGGAGCGCCCAUAGGGUUCUAGAACUCUCCCUCGGUGGCUCGCACGUGCGUGACGUCAUCGUGGAUAACGUGGAGUAUCCGCACGCGCUCACCGUGCGCCAGACGACUGGCAGCGUGCUGGUCACUCAAAACAGCAUGUUCAAACAGGAGGCGAGAAGUCGUUCUAUAAAGGUGUUCCAAGUGAAAUGACAAACUAUGGAUUUUAAGUUUACAUUCUUGUGUGAUGGAGCAAUUUUCGGUUACUGUUGUGUACAAGAAGUUAUACUGGACAUGUCCUACCCUUAGAUGUAAGAAUAUGACGCGUCUGUAACAAUAAUACGUUGCUGUCGCUCGUCGGUUUCUGGCGGUCAAUAGCAAAUAAAUGUUUUCCAUAAGUAUGGGGCUUACUAAAGUUAAGCACGCAACAUGAACUUUUCGUAAAACGACAACCACGUUGCCACUAAAGACACCAAUAGCAAGGCUGUCACUAUACCCUGAUUUACACGUUCAUUGUAAUAAAACUUACAAUUACAA